UUUUAUAUUUUAACAUACUAAUUAUAAAUAAAUAACUGAUAAAACUUCAAAAGUAUUUUAUGUUUAUAAGAAAAUAUUUUAAGGCAAUCGUUAAAUCUUUCGCAAGUUGUCAAAUGUUGCAAAAUAUGUCAGAUUUUUAACUGUGUGUAUUUGAAUUACAAACAGUGGAAAUAAACUUUUCUUAUUUUCUUAACAUUUCUUACUAAAGAUAAAAUCUUUGAUAAUAAAAAAACUCAUUCUUUUAUCUGGGCUUAUGGUGGAAAAGAAUGCACUGUCAAUUAGAAAUAUAAUAACACUCUAAAAUUCAUAAAAGACGACACCCAACUGUUGAAACAAUACCCUAAGAUGCCCUCAACUCAUGUUGAAUAUUUUCACAAUUUAAUAUGGCAGCGCGAAAAUAACAUAGGGCUCGGUUUCAAAUCUCUUUACUCGCCCGUAUGGGAGGCAAUGAAAAUUUACAGUGUGAAAUAUCAAUUCAAAAUUAUCAUCGAGAAAUCUGUGGAUGGUAAAAAUGGGCUACUUGUAAUGGAAAAGAUACCAAAAAGUUUAAAUAACAACAAUAAGGGGGAAAAUGGAGAACACAAUGACAUUGAAAUUAAAGUACAAUGUGCUGAAAAUCAAAACAAAAUAUUAUCAAAGAAAAAAGCAAAGAUGGACACUAAGGACACAAAGAAAAAAUUACCAAGUAAAUGUAAAGCUUUUGAGAGAUAUUUGGAUAACCAGCUAAUAUUAGAUGCGGUCUCUCCGUUGUUUGUUAAAGAAAAAUUGAAAAGAAUUCUAUUAUUCCUAUUAGAUGAAUAUUCUUCUAGCAUAAUAUUUAGCGAUCUAGCCGGGGUUGAGUCUAGAUUUAUAGAAAAUAUAUCUAGCUUGUGCCAAAGGAGCAAGGAAUUCGAGGAGCAACUGUCUCCGCUCUCCUUUGAGAUGCUCUCGGAUAUUGCGGACUGCAUUAAUGGCAAUAAUAAUUUUCAACUAGAGAUCACCAAAAAGAUCAACGAAAAGACUAGUAAAAGGGAGGUCACACUAAAAAAGGUUCCAUUAUUUUUAACCAAAAAGCAAUUAAAACAAAUAUCGAGAGAAAGUUUAGAACAUACAGAGAAAUCUCAUGAACCUGGAAUUAAUAAAAGCAAGGAAGAAAAAAUUUGCGAAUUUAAUCAGUUGACUGAUAAAGUAUUGAAGGGCACAAAAACUGUCCAGAGCUAUAAAAACGAACCGCAGAAUGUAUUUAAAGCUGAGAAAACAUUAACAUCGGAAACACUCAAAGGACACAAGGAAAAGACAGACAGUGAGAGAAAAAUAGUUUUGGAUGCAAAUCGAGAAGAUAUGAAAGUUACUAUUAAUAAUAUUAAGAGUAUAAUCCCAAAAGAGAAGUCCGUUGCUUUCGUUAAAAGUGAAACAAAAUAUACGGAUGUCAAUGAAAAAUGUAACAACAUUAAAAAGAAGGAUGGAAUAAGUCAAAAAUUAAGCAAAACAGCACCAAUGAAUGCCAUUAGCUUUACUAAGUCCGAUAAUGUUAAGGAUGUGUCAACCGACUCGAAAAACGGGAGUAGCAAUAUGUUGAAAUCAAAAAUAAUCAGUGACAUGGCCGUGCCUAUAAAGAGUGAAAAAGCUAGCAGGAUGAUGCGUCUGAUGGGAUGGGAGGGCGGAGCCCUAGGGCUUCACGGGAAUGGCAUCACUGAACCGAUCAUACCAACAGCGAAUUACAACUGUACCGGCCUGGGUCAUGUUCCAACAAAAAAUGAGAAAAGCUACCAGGGCAGCCGGAAGUCGAUUAAACAAGAAUUCAGUGUCGGCAUCAUGGACCUGAUAAACAAUAGGCUCCAGACGGUCACGCUGUAUCCGGAAAAGAGAUUCAUAGACAAGGAAAUAAAGUUUUGGCGGGAAACGGUAGAUAAUCUUAAUAAACGCGUCAAAUUAGACCGCAGUGUGAGGAAGUCGAGUGUGUUAAGACAGAAGAUGAAAGAGAAUCCAGAUGUAGAGUUCAGUCUGGUGUUCUCAGACGAUUACCUGAUGAUGACAAUAAUAAAACGCAUGACGAACACAUUACUGCCCGUAAGAUCCGAACAAAAGGUUCUAAAGGAGCCAACAAAGAAAAAAACCUUCCAGAAACUAAUUCUCACAACAUUCAUAGAAUUAUUAUCUGGCAACACUACGGAUAUAACGUUGUUGUUUGAGAAACAACUGCAGAACAGACUUAUUGAUGGCCUGUUUGAAAUAGUGACAGUUAUUAAUGACAGAAGAAUAGGAGUAAUAAUGAAUGACACAGUGGCCGGCUUAGUCUCGUCCUUGAGGAAGCAAGUGGACCUUAAAAGCAUAUAUUUGGCAGCCGAAGUCAGCGGCGAUUACAAAUCAGUUACGUUGUAUAUACAAAACUGUCGAGUAAAUCUAGAAAGUUCUACAACGAGGAAGCAACACGAAGUCUCGCCUUACGAUAACGUGAAGAAUAAUAUAAAAAUGAAGAAGAAGAAGAAAAUUAUAAAUGCGUUGUACGAGAAGAAAUUCACAGAUGAAAAUGUUGCCGGAGUGAAAAAAUGGUAUCAGCCCGAACAUCGCUUCAUAAAGACAGUGUGAUGAUACAACAAUUAAAACGAUUAUUACUUGAAUUAUAAGAAUUCCGAGAUAUUAAAUAGUUUUUGUAUGUGAAGAAGUAAGCUGUUAUUUUGAAUGUGAUUUUUUUUGUACUGAACUAAUGAGUAAGUUUUAAACUAUGUUACCGGUUAAUAUGUAAUCUAUACACAUAUAUAUAUAUAAAUGUUUUUAUUUUUAAUAUCUUUUAAUAUAUGUAUUAUAUAAAGUUAAUAAUACUGUAUAUAUAUAUAUAUAUAUAUUUAUUCAUAAGUAACAAUUUUUUAUAUCCUCAUACUUUAUUUGUACCCUUAUUCUUUAUUUAAUUUUCAUAUUGCUAUCUUUAAGUGGUCUCUAAGCUCAUAAUGAUUGAUUAAUAAUAACCUUCAUUUAUAUACAUAUAUGUGUUUAUGUUUCUGUCCAUUAGUUAUAUAAAAUACAAUUUUGUUUUGACAUUUUAUGUUAUAUUAAUAAAAGACUGUUUGGAA